AACGAGGUUUCAUGAUUCACGGAGCAGGCGCUGUCCGUUAUGUUGGACUUUUUCCACGCCUUUUGAGUGUACAUCUCGACUUUUCCUAAAGGUUUCUCUUUCGUCUUUUGACUUUAGUGUGGCCAUGGAUGGUGCGGCAAUUCCUUCGCCGUAUCACAAUGCUUGCAACGCACACCCGGGAAGUGGUAGAGUGAAAUAUUGACCGUGUUAUUCCAUUCCGGAUCCGAGGAAGUCGGCUCUAAUGCGAGCCUUGAGGAAGCGUACACACGCCUCCGCUUUACCCGCUCCUUUUAAUAUUCAUGCUCCCUGGUCUCCUGAAUCCUCUUCCCCUGUAGCAUCUCAUAACGUCGUUGUUGAUUCUCGUGACAGGCCAACCUUAAGAAUUACGUCUAUGAGAGUUCAAAUGAUUGCAAAUGUGAAGUGUGUUGAUUGAUUGUGGUGAGAAUGUGGCAUGGCGAUAGCGGAAGCAAGCAGCGCUGCACAUGGUUCAGGUUCUAGACAGGAAAGUUUGGAGAAUGGAGGCGGGGGUUCUAUCAAUGGUGGAGAGGGUCAUGGAAUGGCAGUGGACACAGUGAAGGAGGGUAAUGGCCUUCCUCAGAGAAUGGCGUCUGUAUUUGGGAGCCGCUAUGGUCGUAGGAAUGUGAGUGCGAGGAGUACGGGAGCGCGGGAGCCUCGCAAAGUUGAGGACAGCAAUCGCGAUGGUUUUCCGCGAGGUUUCUCCAGGGGGAGUUCCACCUCAGGGUUACGCAGAAUAGUGAAAGGCGAUGGCAUUGGGGAAGAGUCAGUGAGGGAGGAAAGGCGGGGAUAUGUUGGGAGGGAGGAGCCAGUGAUAAUCGAUGGGAGCUCGAGCAGGAGUAUUAUAAUGGAUUUCGAUGUUGAGGAGAUGAGAGGUGUCGUUGUAGAUGAGUCACCUGUGUUUGGGAGUAGAGCUGAACUUACGCCAGAAAUCAGAAGCUUUCGUGAAAGUCCGCCAAAUGGCGACAUGGCCAGUUACGGUAGCUAUGGAGAGGAAGCUCAACUAAACACUAACCUGAAUAGCGUAGCUAACAAGAAAAACGACCGGAAGAGGCACAUUUUUUCGAAGAGGAAGAAGUCGACGUCAGAGAAAGUGACUCCCGUAGAUGGACUCCCGAUCAGAAACCACCUGCACGCGGACUUUGUUCGUGGAGAGGAAAGAGCUGACGACGCCAAGUGCGAUGGGUUCGCCUCUUCGCGUCCGUUUGCGAAGCCAGUGGCCAGUAGGGAUGAAUACUUGAGCAACUACAGUAUGCCGCAAGAUGCAAGAGCUCAAGUGAAAAGCUUUGAAGACGUUGUGGGAAGCUUCGAGAUAACAUUCGAUGACGUUGGCGACUCACAUGGUUGGAACAAUGUGCACCCUCGAGGAGAAAAACCCGUGCCACGACAGUUCCAUGCAGCCGCUGUUGUGGGGCGCAGGAUGGUGGUGGUUGGUGGUCAAACUGAAUUGGGCUCGAGCAACGAUGUGCAGAUGUUUCACCUCGGCAAAAUGACGUGGUCUGAAUUGGGUAGAGCGAGGACAGUUGCAGAGGGUCAAGCUUGCAAUGUGAAAGCUGCAACGCCAGGGUGGGUGCCCCGAUGCAGGGGUCACAGUCUGGUUUCGUGGGGAAAAACUGUUCUUUUGGUUGGCGGAGAAUUGAAUCCGGCUAGUGACAGAGUUGAAGUCUGGUCUUUCGAUGUGGAGACAGAGUGUUGGACAAAAGUCGCUACAAAAGGAGAAAUUCCGGUAGCAAGAAGUGGUCAGAGUGUAACGAGAGCAGGGAGCAUACUUAUCAUGUUUGGGGGAGAAACACCGAAAGGCCAGAAACUGAAUGACCUCCACAUCCUUGACCUGAAGUCUCUCAUGUGGCUGCCUUUGCACACUUUGGGUACUGGUCCUUCACCACGCACAAAGCACUGUGCUGCAAUGUAUGAUGACCGCUUUCUGUUAAUAUUUGGUGGAACUUCCAAAUCUAAGCCUCUCGGUGAUCUUUGCGCUCUGGAUUUUGAAACUAUGGAGUGGUCUAAAUUGAAAACAAAGGGCACUAUUCCCUCCCCUAGGUCUGGCCAUGCCGGUGUUUUGGUUGGCGAUAAAUGGUACAUUGCAGGUGGAGAGACUCGUGAUUCCGGCUCAACAGAAACACUAAUGCUCGACGUCACCAAGUUAACUUGGUCCACGGUUGCUGCAACUGCUCCAAAUUCAACUGUUACUAAUCAGGGUCUGAGCUUGGUGCUUGUGCAACGAAAGGAGAAGACAAUGCUUGUAGCUUUUGGAGGAAAGGGGUUUGAACUUUCUAACCAGGUGCAAGUCUUAUAUGUAUCGCCCUUGAAUCAUGUGAAGCCUUCAUCAUAUAGUGGUGUCUCGGCCAAAUCACCAAGCAUGGCUAGGUCAGGACUGUCAUGUGCAUGUGUAGGGGUGGCAAAGACCCGUUCGACUCCUCUUACAGAAGAACAAUAUGUUUCACGUGUUUCACCAGGCAAUUCUCCUUUAACAGAAAGUUCUCUUAAUACUGCUGAUAUUGUGUCUUCACGGAGACGUUACAGCAUCAAAAAGGAUGGCACACCUCAGCCCCCUGGAGAGAUUUUAUCAAGGGUGCUGAGAGAAACCCCGUCGCAUGAGAUUCCAUCGCCUUUACUGUACAGUUGCAAGGUCCCUGAUGCGCUACCUCCAGACCUGGAGAUGAGAGACACGCUGGCCCCAAUUCCUACGCGAAGCUCAGGAAUUACGAGAUAUGGAAGUUCAUCUAGGAGGAAGGGAUCAUUCGACUCUCCCCUCCUUUUAUCGGUGAAUGAAAGCACCGCGUACGUAGAUUCUUCAAGAAGGGCUUCAUGGUUGAAUGCUGAUCUGAGCAUUCGAACUAGAUCUUAUGCCAGCGACAGGAGUGAGUACAGCCUCUACACGGCGCCUCAAAGCCAGCGCUGGGAAGGAGAAGAGGAAUGCAGUGACAGUCAGCUCCUUGCAGACCUCCAGGAUGCCAUGACCAUGGAGAAGCGGAUCCACUUGAUCAACAAGUACAGACAGAGUUUCGAAAUUAAACUGGCAGCUGCUGUGCGCAGGGGUGAGCAAGCAGAAGGGCAACUUACAACUGUUCUUCGAGGUAAAGAGGAGGCAGAGAAUAGGUUGGCUUCCGCAUUACAGACCCGGCAGCAAACCGAAUCGAAGCUUGCUGUUGCACUAACGAAACAGGCAGAAAUCAAAGAGGCGGUGGCUGGUGCAGAGAGAGCACAAGAAGAUUCCAACAAUCUGUGCAAUCUGGUUCACUCGGAGAAUCUGCGGCUGGAACAUGACCUUGCCUUCCUCAAGGCCGUGCUUGAGGACACUCAAAAGGAGUUGGACUCGACCAGGGAGGCACUUGCUACGGAGAGGGCAAAAUCCUCUCAGCUUCAGAUGGAGGUAUUCAACCUAAACAAGAGAUUGCCGCUCUCAGUGUUGACCGAAGAGGAGCCACCUGUCUCUCAGAAUACACAGUGGUUACCUGUAUCUGAAAACAGAUGAUUUUAGACAUUUGCAGUCACCACAUCACCUGCUAACGUUCAAACCAUCAUUUGAAAUCAGUGAAUAUUACUCACUAUUUUGUACUACACCUUUGCAUCAGAACGUUUUGCUUCCAUUCUCUGUU